AUGGCGAACUUCGAGGAAGCGUUCAAAAAAGUGUGUGAAUUGUUUAAAUUAAACGAUCUCAAUUCGUAUCAAAAAGAAGGUUUUGAAUUUGUAAAAAAUGGAAAGGAUAAAUCUUCAAACCGGAACUGGAAAAUCUAUUAUUUAUCUCGCUCUUCCAAUUAUUUUUAAUUCGAUUUCUGCUCGCAGUGAUCACAUGGGGUCUUCAAACCAUGGGUCGCGACCCAAAAUUGGGUCUCUAGCACACCCUCGAAGGUCGCAAGGCUUGUCUUGGGUCGCAUGGGUCGCAAUGCUUGUCUAGGGUCGCGAACUUACACUAGUAAACUUUACAAGACGAGAGAUCAUGUGAUAAGAUGCACAUAUUUACAUAUGAAUAUUUCCUUGCGAAAUUUGCGAUUAUAAUUAAUGUUUUUUCACGAUUAUUAUGCGCUAGAUUGCUAGAAGCGCUAGAUUGCUAGAAUAAUAUGGUAAACAGGUAAACUGGUAAAGCUUUAGAUAUAAUACCUUUUACUUCAUGUAACUCAAACAUUAUGGCUUAGCACCACUCGGCGCGCCUUCGGCGCACGUCCUCUUCCGAAGUAGAGUCGUCGUCAUACACUCGGAAGCUUUCGGUGAAAAGCCAUAAUGUUUUUAAUUAUCGAAAGUUUUAUUGGCAGUGUUCAGAGUCGCGGGACACCUAUGAAGCUUGGGUUUGGGUCGCCGAAAAAAAGGGGUGAAGACCCCUGUUGUAGUGUCACCACUCGUGAGUCUCAUGAGAGACCAAGUUAAUAUUCUUCAACGGCUAGGCGUAUCUUCAGUGAAUCUCAGUGACGUAAAAGAAGGUGAUUUAAAGGACGUAGAAGAAGGCAAAUAUUCCGUUGCUUAUGGAACCUCGGAGGCAUGGUUGAAACAUGAACG